UCAUUCUUUCUUUCCUCUCUCUCUCUCGUGCCCGUGUCUCCAAUGGAGCGAAUUUCCCUCUAACUUCCCCGAUCGCUCCCCCUCUGCCCCCCUCCACUUUGUAUUUGGGGGGGCUCUUCUAGGGGGGUCGGAGAUCUAUACCCCCCCCCGGCUGAGGAUGAGUCUUUUUCGUCUUAAAUUUCGGGUUGAUUUUUUCCCCUCUUAAAGUUGGAUCUUUCGCUCUCUCUUGAUUUUGGGGUCCCGCCCGACACCCCCCCCCUCCCGCCUGCGAUCCAUCCCCAGAGAAGAGAGAUUCCGGAGAAGGAGACGGGGAAAAACUGCUACAGCCUUCGAAAUGACUCAGUAACUUUUGCGCCCUGGGUCUCUCUGCUGCAAUUAGUCAGUUUCCCAGAUCGGCUCGGGAUGUAUUCGUCUCCUCUGUGCUUAACUCAGGAUGAGUUCCACCCGUUCAUCGAGGCCCUGCUCCCCCACGUCCGGGCCUUCGCCUACACCUGGUUCAACCUGCAGGCCCGCAAGCGCAAGUACUUCAAGAAGCACGAGAAGAGGAUGACGAAGGACGAGGAGAGGGCGGUGAAGGACGAGCUGCUGAACGAGAAGCCCGAGGUGAAGCAGAAGUGGGCGUCCCGGCUGCUGGCCAAGCUCCGCAAGGACAUCCGGCCCGAGUUCCGGGAGGACUUUGUGCUCUCCAUCACGGGCAAGAAGCCCUCGUGCUGCGUCCUCUCCAACCCCGACCAGAAGGGCAAGAUGCGGCGCAUCGACUGCCUGCGCCAGGCCGACAAGGUGUGGCGCUUGGACCUGGUCAUGGUGAUCCUCUUCAAGGGCAUCCCGCUGGAGAGCACGGACGGGGAGCGGCUGGUCAAGGCCGCCCAGUGCACCAACCCCAUCCUGUGCGUCCAGCCCCACCACAUCAGCGUCUCCGUCAAGGAGCUCGACCUCUACCUGGCCUACUUCGUCCGCGAGAGAGAUUCGGAGCAAAGCAGCAGUCCGAGGACAGGGAUCGGCUCGGACCAGGAGGACAGCAAACCGAUCACAUUGGAUACGACAGACUUCCAGGAGAGCUUUGUCACGUCGGGGGUGUUCAGCGUCACGGAGCUCAUCCAGGUCUCCCGAACGCCGGUGGUGACAGGCACGGGGCCAAACUUCUCUCUGGGGGAGUUGCAGGGUCAUCUGGCCUAUGAUCUGAACCCCUCGAGCACUGGCAUGAGACGGACGCUCCCCAGCACCUCGUCCAGCGGGAGUAAACGACACAAGUCUGGCUCCAUGGAGGACGACAUAGACACGAGUCCGGGGGGCGAGUACUACACCUCGCCCAGUUCGCCCACGAGCAGCAGCCGCAACUGGACAGAAGACAUGGAAGGGGGCAUCUCCCCCGUGAAAAAGACGGAGAUCGACAAAUCGCCCUUCAACAGCCCGUCGCCCCAGGACUCCUCCCCGAGGUUGAGCUUCACCCAGCAUCACCGUCCGGUCAUCGCCGUGCACAGCGGUAUCGCUCGAAGCCCACACCCUUCAUCUACUCUGCAUUUCCCCACCACCUCGAUCCUCCCCCAGGCGGCCUCCACCUACUUCCCCCACACGGCCAUACGGUACCCGCCUCAUCUCAACCCGCAGGACCCCCUGAAAGAUCUCGUCUCACUGGCCUGCGACCCGUCCAAUCAGCAGCCUGGACCGUUAAAUGGAAGUGGUCAAGUGAAAGUGCCCAGUCACUACAUUUCUACCCAGAUGCUGGCACCGCCACCUCCCCCUGGCAUCCCCCGGCUGGCUCUCUCUCCUGACACCAAAUCCACCACGACAACUUCCGAGGGCGGGACAACCUCACCGACGUCACCCACCUACUCUGCACCCGGCACGCCCCCUGCGAAUCGUUCCUUCGUGGGAUUAGGACCAAGGGAUCCGGGGAGUAUGUACCAGGCACAGUCCUGGUACCUGGGAUAAUCGCAGCUGCCCCGUCCCGUCGCCUCCCUUCUCCUCUGCUUUGGGCGUCUCGAGAGGAAAACAAGUAACACAGCCCCAGGCCCAGCCUUUCGGUGAAGAUGGAGAGAGCGAAUUAACGAUGACGACGACAAAAAGAAAACGAGACCCACACCCAAGACGUUACAAGGAAGGAAGGAAGGAAAAGGUUCAAACUUUUUUAAAAAGUAAAAACAAACAAGAACCCUACAGACAAAACAGCGCUCCACACGCGCGGCGACGCGGAGUCCCGUUUGCCAGAAACACUAUUCGCCCUGCCGGCCGGCCGACCUCCUGGGAAGAGAACGGACACAGCUCAUCACACAGGGCUCUCCCAGCAGCAGCAGCAGCAGCAGCAGCGCCGGAGUCUCGCCUGCACUUCUCCAAAGGGUUGUAUAUGCAAAAUUGUCUUUCUGAUUUCCUCUUUCGUUCUCGCCUCUCGUGAGUAGAAAAGAACAAAGUUCCCAGGUUCCCCCAGCCCACCCCAGCCCACCCUCCUCAGCAAACUGUUUGCGUUCCAGGAGGGUGCUGGGGCGGGGUGCGAAGACCCAGGACCAAGGCAUUCGGUUGUUUCUGAACCAGAGGUGCUGGCUGGCGCGGGCGAGCGCUCCUUAGCGCUGUUCCUCCCCGUUCCACCCCAGCCAAGACGCCUCCAGCCGCCCGCUGGCCCAGAGUUCGGACAACGCGUUCGCCUUUGCUUUGGUUUUUCUUAAAUACUCGAUGCCAUUAAAUGCUCUUCUUUCGGGUGGGGAACGGAGCCCUCCUGGGAUCCUGGCGCUGCUUUCCAGUGCCCCACAGGAGCGGCGUUGUGGGGAAGCGGGGGUGGCGGGGGGACACGGGCCGGAGCCCCUUCAAUCCUUCUCUUUGGGCACUACCGGCUGCAGAAGGGGCGGGGUAACUUGGCUACUGACAGAACUCUGCUGUCCCUGAGCUGAGCCGCAGGCUGGGCUCCUCUGCACGUUCCAGGCGAGGAACCGGGGAGCAGGGCGCUGGCUCAAGGGGAGACGUUUCCACAGCUCGGAGCCUUGGCACGAGCCAGCACUGCAGGGAGGAGACGGGUCUGAGACUCGCCGCCCGGCUGCUGGAAUGUACAAGGAGCAGACACAAGGCUGCUGUUCGGAUUGGCACUAACAGGCUCUGGGAAUUAGCCCUGGAGCUCCAUUUGGAAAUGGAAAUUUCUGAUCGGCUGAAACAGCUGAGUCCAAAACUCCAAAUCUCUCCUCUGGGAAUAAUUCUCCCGAUGGCGUCUGCCAUUCCCCAGGUGCCUUCCCCUGCUGCCGAGCCCUGCCAGCCGGAGCCAGCCGGGAGCAAAUCCGUCUGUCUCUCUGCAGUGAGCGUGUGGCGUGGCUCUGUCGAAGCGCAUGGGUGGGGCUAUUCCGCCCUUACGUGGGUGUCAUGCCCAUAGCGCGGGGCUGGGCCAACGUAGCCACACUGGUAAACUUUCCACACUGGAGCUUACGCCUCGUAGCUCCUGGCAAAUGCGGGGCCUGUUUGAAAACCCCGCAACUCUCUUUGUGUGGGGACGAGGCGGGGCUGGACUCUGCUACCAGGGCAGGGCCUGGGAUUUGUGUGGACCCGAGUCUUCUUCUCGCGUGGCUCUGGAAAGUUAGGCUGGGACAGGCGGGCCGAGGGGAGGGAAGGUCGGAGCGAGAUUUCCCCACGCACCUGUGUACAAAGAGCUAUGCACACCUGUGGACAGGUACCAUGUAGACUAGUGGCGAGAUGGUUGCAAUUGUGUUGCACAUUUUGUAGGAAAUGCACUUUUAAGAGGGAAUGAUAAAAAAAGAGCAGCAGCAGGAGACUGGAGCUCCCGGCACUGGCUUGCUGGGAGAUUUUUUUUUUUUAAGCGAGAUGAUUUGCUUCCUGAGAGGAUGCACCACAGAUGGGACCCCCCACCCCCGUUUGUGGGGCUGGAGUAGGCCUUGGCUCCAUGACUUGGGUAGGCAAGGUGCCCUAAAUUCAAAUGGGUUGGGGCUGGGCUCUGCUCAGCUCAGACCUCCCCAUUUCCUUCUCCCCGGUCAGUCACUCCUCAGCCCCCGCCGUCAGCAAACCCAGCUGGGAGGUAGAACGCAGUUCCUGACUGGUUCAAGUGCCUCCAUUGUCUGCUGCCGUGCCCUGGGCGUCGGCAGGCUCAGAGAGCCGCAAAGGCCGGGCGUGUGGAGGUGCAGCAUCUCCGCUCUCACCUGUCCCUCCAUUGCUGCCCGCAGGGCUGGGGGAGCCGUGGGGGUCCCAGGGUAUUAGCAUGCCUUGGUGAGAGACGCUCUCGAGUUACACAGAGCCCUUCCGCACGCAGAGAAGCAUGAAGACAAACUGGGCCCCGUUCCCUGGCAUUCCUGGCUGGGCCUGAGAGAAGCUAAAUGAAACGACCUGAGCCGGAGCAUGGGAUGGGCUCGGCGAGGGAGAGGCCAGUUCGGGACUCCGCCCGCCGAUCCAGGACACUGAGGGGGCGAGACGCCGUUGCCGGGCAGUUGCUGGAGGGCUGCCUCUUCCGAGCGAACCUUUCACGAGUGCCUCACGCAGCAGCAAGAGAAACGGGGCCACUGGCUGCGCCCUUUGGCAAUCGAAAGUGUGAGCAGGGAGAGGGGGAACUCGGCUCCCUGGAGCAGCCCUGCCUGGGGGGGCACUGCUGGUACGGGACAAAGGCACCCACACAUUCUCGGAUCCUCUGUUCGGUCACGGCAGAGAGCCAAGCGAAUUCACCAGGCCAGCACCCUCCUGCCUCCCUGGCCCAUGUCGUGCUGUGCCUGGGCUCCUUAGGAGAGCGCUCGAAAGCUCCAACGGCUGCUUCUCACCAGUUCCUGCCUGUCCCUCCGCGAGACGCCGGGGAUGAGGAGAGCUUCCCUCGCCCUGCUCUGGCCAGGCUCGCUGGCGCUGCAAGGGCACGGCGUGUGGCUAGGGAGCUGCUGGGCUCGCCUACAGAAGACCCCAGGCAUCCACUCAUGGGUACAAACCCGGCAUCGCUCUCUCCAGCAGCCAGCCCUGGCCAUCUCCGGGGCAGGCCGGGCUCCGAGGGGAGGCGAACGCUGACCCAGACGCUGUCCGAGCGUGGAGCAGAGCAGGUGGGAUGGAGAUGCCGCGGGGCCCGGAGAGAGGAGUCGCAGCCUUGUUCCCCUGCAGGCAGCACCGCCGGUUAGUGCCUUAGAUCAGCGGCGGGACCGUGCUACUCCCUCCCGCCUCCGGCGCAGCCGGGCCCCUUGGCGCCCCUGCUGCUGUCUCCUCCGCGUCACGCAGGCAAGUGGAGAAACGAGGGGCUGUCCCCCGCUUCCUGCCCAUAGAUACACCUGGCGCCGGGGAAGGCUAGCGGCAGGGCAGGUGUCUCGGGGGCGCCCCAAGGCCAUGCAGCAAAACGUCAGGAAUCCAGGCAGAGGCAGAGCCACCCAACUGCCAGCACCUGUUGGCAUAGCCCAGCGCCUGGCGCUGCCCUCGGAGAGCCCAGCGCCCACAGGGCAUCAACAAACAGGGGGAGAUCCCCAAAGGAGAGUGAGGUGCCCAACUCCCAGUGACCGUCAGUGAACAUCAGGGAGGCAGCCAGCCCGUCCCCCCUCACAGCCACCUCCACCAGCGCGGGACCCUGUCUAGAGCUGGCCCCAGACGGCAGCCCCGUCUCUCCAUGGGCACAGCAAGACCGGCCCUUUGCUCCCCCUGCUCCUUCCCGCUGGCCGGCCCCUGCCCUGCUCCCCGGCUCCAGGCUCUGCGGCGCCCAGCGAGGGGAGAAGGGCGCGGUGGGGCCGCGCAUUCCCAGCCCGAGGGCCGUGCACACUCCCUAACGGAGAGAACCAGCAGGAACGGAGGAAGAGGAUGGCAGAGGAGCGAUGACUGGAGAGGAUCCGGGCACAAGGGAGCCAGGGAAACACCAGGUGCCUGCAAGCCACUCGUGCUGCUUCUCUGCUGGGCCCAGACUGAGUCCUCACCAGGGCGGCAGGAAAAUCCAUCCCGGCCCUGCAGCCCUGCGCACCCCAGGCCAGGCUCCCCUCCUGUCCCCGCUCUGCCCAGGAGGUACCCAGGGUACUUACGGAGGGCAAAGGAUUCCAGCCCUGGCUCAUCCUCCCCCACGGCCCCGGAGGCUGCUCCCUGGGUCCGUUCCAGGGGUGCCCAGACAGAGCCCGCUCCGCUGCCUGCCGGGGAGUCGAGGCUGCAGCAGAUGCUGAUCACCGGUGACAAUCAUUUCUAACCCCGCCCCCCGCCCG